UCAAACUAGUGUUUAAUCAUCUCUGUACUAGAAAAGGAUGUUUUUUCAUUCUUUUUUUUUUUUUUACAGAUUGUAUCAGAAGUUAUAUAUGUUUGUUUCCUUCUCUUUUGAAACCGUGAUGUCUGACGAACAACCUGAUCAUGUGAAAUGAUAUUUCCCCUUAAAUGCACAACCGUAAUGCAAAUGAGUAGUAGUUGCAGAGCUGAAUUUGAGAGGCUUGUGCACUUCCUCUUUGUAGUCAGUUAUGAAAACAGGAAGCUUGCUUGUUAGGAAAGAACAGUUCAGCUUUCAGUGCUAGACAUCACAUGGUGUUAAACUUUAUUCAGAGGAGAAAUCUAUCACUUUUUUGGACUCCAGAUCAUGGCUGACACUUUAGAAAAUAACUCUGAGUGUCCUUCAUCUGCCAAGAGCGAAGUUUCAGCCGGCGGUCUGAGCAUGCUGGAGAGCUCGAUACAGGAGAGUCGACAAGAUGGGCAGGUUGUGUUUGAAGACUCUGUGUUUGCUGGUUAUUUGCAGGAUGGACUGCACAAUCUCCGGCUGGAGAACUGCUUAACCGACGUCAACCUCCACGUACAGGGUCAGAGCUUCCAGUGCCAUCGAGUAGUCCUUGCUGCAGCCAGUCAUUAUUUCAGAGCAAUGUUUUGUAAUGACUUGAGAGAAAAAUAUGAAGAAAACAUAAAUAUUAAAGGCAUUGAUCCUGACACCAUGAGAGUCCUGUUAGAAUACACUUACACCAGCAAAGUCAUCAUAACCAAGGACAAUGUGCAGAGAAUGCUUGAGGCAGCUAGUUUAUUUCAGUUUCCGCGUAUAGUGGACGCCUGUGCUGGUUACUUAGCAGAAGCCCUUCACCCGGAAAACUGUGUGGGAAUCCUACAUCUAGCUGAUGUCCACUCAUUAGAGUCUUUGAAAUCCAAUGUCUACGCCUACAUUAUCCAAAACUUCUCUCAGGUAGUGGACUAUGAUGAGAUCCUUGAGCUUCCAGCAGACGUGUUGGUCAGUCUGCUCGAGCAUGAUGACUUGGGGGUAACAGAAGAGGAGCAGGUGUUUGAUGUGGUUAUGCGUUGGGUGAGGGCCCGACAGGAUGAAAGAAUAGCUCAGCUGCCCCGUGUACUUACACAUGUGAGGCUACCCUUGUUGGACCCAUGGUACUUUGUAGAAAAGGUGGAAGGAGACCCUCUGAUCCGCCAGUGUGCCGAGGUGUUCCCACUGCUGCAGGAGGCCCGGGUUUAUCACCUCUCAGGGAAAGAGGUGAUCUCAGAGCGCACCAAACCAAGAGUGCGGGAGUUCCAGUCUGAGGUGUUUAUGAUCAUUGGGGGAUGCACAAAGGAUGAGAAGUUUGUAUCUGAGGUGACCUGUCUGGACCCACUACGCAGGAGCCGCUUAGAGGUUGCAAAACUACCAAACACAGAGAUGGAAUCUGAGAAUGAAAAUAAGAAGUGGGUGGAGUUUGCGUGUGUCACCUUCAGAAACGAAGUCUACAUAUCGGGUGGCAAAGAAACACUGCACGAUGUGUGGAAGUAUAACGCAUCACUAAACAAAUGGAUCCAGAUAGAGUAUCUCAGCAUAAAACGUCUCGGUGUAGCCCAACCUGCAGCUCUACAGAUGUCUGUUAAUGAGGCCCCAUUCGCCAGGGCUGCUGAGGCAGCGAUGCCCCUGGUUGAGUGGGCUCUUACCUCCAGAGGGCAGGAUGCGCAGAGCACGGACUGGGCACAACAAGGUCAGGUUGGGGUCAUCUUCCUGGGAAGAGAGAGCUUGCAAGGUCACUACCUGAUCUCUGAAAGGAGUGGUGGGGACCUUGGGCACAUAUCCAGGCCGGGGUCUCAAGACAACGUGAGAAUCCGCUGGUCCGAAUUCCAGGCACGAACUGUUCACGGAGAGGGCUUGGAGGUCUCCCACUCUUUUGAUGGAAGGAGUCCGAACCGUAAGAGCUGUGCAGAUGAUCCACCCGAGAGGGGAGAUCGUCUGGACGAGCUCGUUGUUUCAGAGCAGACGGGAGCACAGGUGUUGUGCGACCGUCUGAUUCCGAUAAUGGAAGCAGCAUCCGACCGUCGAGUAGAGGGUCGGAGACAGCCGGGUGGAAGCCGAAUCCAGCGCUCGUCCCCUCGUCGAGUGCGGAUCCGGACAGUUUUCAGUGCAUUUAUGAUGGUUAAUCUGAUCAUAUAUACAAGAACUUUCAUUACACUUCACAACUUAAGAUUUUUCUCCAUCUUCCAGGCAGCACCGCUCAUGCUAAGCGUAAGCUCCUUCUCUGCUGCCAGCUAUGACAAAUACAUCUUUGUGAUAGGUGGAGGUCCCAAUGGCAAGCUAGCCACAAACAACAUGCAAUGCUUUGAUUCCAUAUCAAAUAAAUGGACCCUAAAAUGCCCGAUGCCAACUGAGGCCAAAUGCACGAAUGCGGUGACCUUUAAGGAUGCCAUUUUUGUUGUUGGUGGCGCGAUGAAGGCCUUGUAUUCCUACAGUCCUCUGGAAGACUCCUGGUCGCUAAUAAUCCAGCUGGGCUGUGAGAGGGCCAGCUGUGGCAUUGCUGCCUGCAAUAACAAAAUCUUCAUUACCGGUGGCCGUGACGACAAGAACGAAGUGAUUGCUACUGUUCUCUGCUGGAACCCAGAGACAAAAAAGUUGACUGAGGAGUGUGUGCUUCCACGUGGAGUAUCUCAUCAUGGCAGUGUGACUCUUAGGAAGUCCUACACACAUAUACGCAGGAUAACGCCUGGAACAGUCACCGGAUGACAAGUUCAACAGCUUUAGAGACUGCAAUUGUAUUUUACUGCGUUUUCCCUUUAAAUAUGACUUGUUUCAGGCCAAUAUGAUCAAGUUUAAGCAGUAUAACAGUGUCCUGUAUUACACGGAUACUAAAAGUGUUCUCCUUUUACAUUUAAAUAUGCAGUUUGUACACACCAAUGUGUAACCAUUGUGUACUGACAAUGCAAAGAAAUGCUUGCACUUUAAAAAUGACACAUACAGUACAACUUUUUUACCUGGAAACAUUAGUAUUUAUUCUGUAGCACUUCACAACAACAUUCUAUUCGUUUAUAUUGAUAUAAUCGGUAUCAUGAACACAAAACUUUCAAUCUGAGUUGAAAUAAAAAUUCACUAUGUUCUAAAUUCAGCUUUUCUUAAUGUA